GAUCAAGCCACUCCACCGCCGCUCCCUCUUCAAUCAUGGAGAGGCGUUUUGUAAACACAGCUGAGUUAAAAACACCACAGUGUUUAAAGAUCUCGAUGCUCCAUCUGACGCAUGUCAUCGCUUAGAUUUCGAUGUUGCUUGCGCAAUAACAAGCCAAAAAGUCAUGGUCAGCUUGGCAGAUCACGAGACGUUUGAGAUUGUCCGUUUUGCAGGCCUCCGUGGCGGACAGUGUGAACUUCAUGUACAAGGAUGCAACACCCCUUGUGAACCCGGUCUCGGCACCUGAACUUGAGCCACCUUUCAGGAUUGUUACAAGCUCGGCGGCUAUCGCUUUUCAAGGUCUGAGUCUCGUGGCUGUGGCUGCGUUGAGCUUCUUUUUGCCUCUUGUAUCCAGUGAAAGUAGCCGUUCUCCCACCGAUGCCUACUCGGUCAUCUUGUAUGCGCACGUCUGCCUCUGGGCAGUCAUGAUGCUGAUAGACUGCUACUUGCGCCACCAGCAUAAUAUUCUACACUGUAGUGGGUACAUCUAUUUCUACCAGCUCACCAGGCGCCUUCGCCGAGCCAACGUGUACAUUGUGUCAGCAGGAAGCACAAUGCUCCUUCUAUUGUCCGUGCUUGUUGACAACUACUGCCAUGACCGGGGUGCCUGUCCAGGCUCUCCUCUGAAGCCUGUCCACUACGUUCAGAUUCUCGUCACUCUUGAGACACUUCUGGCCUUGCCUUUCCUGGUGAAGUAUCUUGUGAUGACACUGAACUUCCACAAGAACAAGUACAAGCUAGAUUCUCUUCAUGACGAGCUUCUCCUCAGCUUCAUGCAUUCCCAGACAUCUGUUGGUGACCUGGGUUUUCGGGACGACACAUAUUUUGAAGAUGUCUUGGAGAAGCAGUCGGACAUGAUUCGCUACUUGAAGAGAUACAAUGCAUUUCUCGGACGGAAGAUACUAAAUCUUAGCGUCGAACUGGACAACUUCCGGUCUCAUGCAUCUUGUUGAGAAUCUGGGCAGUGUUAUGGUGCGUGCGUAUGAGUGUGUGUCCAUGAUAUGCUUCACAGCUGGACUGUUUGUUUUAAGUAUUUUUUCAAGAAUUUUAUUGAUAUUAUUAAAAAUGAUGCUUUAUUUAAAAGUUGCAUCUUUGCACACCUAUGUCACUAUGAGUUUACUAUUUUUUUUUUACUGAUGACACUAAUAUGACGCUUAAAAAACUUUUAAUUUUUAAGGUUGUGUUUUGAGCUCAGUGCUAACAAUUCUGUCUUCUAUAACACUCUUUUUUGAAUUAUGAAAAAUACUAAGUAUUAAGGUAAUCUAAGAACUCUCCCAUUUGCUCUAAUGUUUGUGGCUUGAGUCAGCUCCUAAGAUGUGGUCUUUGGUGGUUUUAUUGUAAUGAUUUUUUUUAGAAUGACAUUUAGCUUAUCUUUUUUUUCCAUAAUUGCAUUUUUUCCCUGAUCGGUCUAUAAGGUUAUGUUUUAAGUUUGAUCAUGAUGUUUCUUUGACCUGUGUCUCUCAAGUGGAUGGCUGUUCAAAGUUGCUCCUCCUUGCGACUUUCACAGCAACCUGUCGGUCCCUAGUUGCCAAAGAGUUCUGAAGUUCUGUUUCACUGUUCUUUCUUUAUUUAUAAUGUUGCACAUUUGAUGCUAGCUAAGGUCUUUAAUCACAAGCUGCUUUCUUACACUACGUUACAUAGAACUGUGGUACACAUGUAGUUUUAGAGAGAGGUGCUUGUGACAAUGUUCACGCUUUGUGCAGUUGCUGAGCUCAAUGCAUUAGGUUAUAGAAAACAAUAAACUGUCUCCAAGUAAUUUGUUAUAUUACAAAAAA